AUGAGAUAUGAGAUACAUUAACUAUAUCUUAAAUUCCAGCUUCUUUUUCAUCAUUUUGAUGUGAUGAAAUACAAGAAUAAAGUUUUGGAGUGCAAAACUUUUGAUUGAGAAUGGAAGAUUUUUUUAAGGGUUUUAAGUGAAAAUGGAUGUUUGAUCAUGAAGAAGAAGAGCAUGCAGAAGACUGUUUUAUCAAAAAUCAUGUUUGACGAAUUUGAAAUUGUGUCUGAAAUGUUUAGGUGACAUGUUCGAUUUUGUUUGUUUUGUUUAUAUAACUAGCAGGGAGGACGUGGCUGUUUAGUGUGUAUAUGACAUGUUCGAUUUUGUUUGCAGGUUAUGUUUUGUUUUCUGUUAAUCAUUUGAAUGGUUGUAAUUCUAUUUGUCUAAAUCGGUACAUCUUCCGCUUCGGAUUCAGUUUUAUUAAUCCUUUGAAAAUAAAAAAUUAAACAAAUAAUAGUAACAUAGGACCGCGUUAUUGUUUUGGUUUACAAUGUUAAUUGCGUUGCAUUUGCAUUAACCUUUUUCUGCUUUUGAAUUUUGAUUUCCACAAUUUCCAUACAAUUCAAUGUCUACCCUUGUUAUCCCACCUGUUCCUCCUUCUCCAAAAGACGAUGCCAUGCAACUUCACCGUGCUUUCAAAGGUUUUAGGUGUGAUACUAGUACUGUCAUCAAUAUACUUGCUCAUCGAGAUGCUACUCAGCGUGCCUAUCUCCAACAUGAAUACACAUCAUUGUAUUCUCAGGAUCUUCUCAAACGAAUUUCUUCCAAACUUUCUGGCCGGUUGGAGAAUGCUGUUCUACUUUGGAUGCAUUGCCCUGCUGGACGCGAUGCUGUCAUUCUUAAACAGACUCUAACCGUCAACAAAAACCUUGAAGCUGCCACUGAAAUUAUAUGUUCCAGAACUCCAUCCCAACUCCAAUAUUUAAGGCAUAUAUACUUUACUAAAUUCGGCAUUUAUCUUGAACGCGAUAUUGAAAGAAAUACCUCUCGCGAUCAUAAAAAGAUUUUACUAGCAUAUGUAAGCACACCACGCCAUGAAGGCCCUGAGGUUGAUAAAGAAACGGGAGAGAGUGAUGCGGUGGUUCUAUAUAAAGCAGGUGAGAAGAGACUAGGAACAGAUGAGAAAACUUUUGUGCGAAUAAUCAGUGAACGGAGUGCAGCACAGUUGGUUGCAAUAAAUCAGUUUUAUCGUAGCAAGUAUGGACAUUCACUGAAAAAGGCAAUAAAGAAAGAAACAUCAGGAUAUUUUGGUCGUGCACUUUUGACAAUAGUUCAAUGUGCCGAGAAUCCGGCUAAGUAUUUUGCAAAGGUCCUACGUAGAGCAAUGAAAGGCUUGGGGACCGAUGACAAGAAACUCACAAGGGUGAUUGUAACAAGGAGUGAGUUUGAUCUACAUUAUAUCAAAGAUGAAUAUUUAAAGAAAUACAAGAAGACACUAAAUGAUGCAGUUCACUCGGAAACAUCCGGCUACUACAGGGCUUUUCUGCUCUCACUUUUAGGUCCCAACGAGUAGUAGCCAAAAUACAUGUUCUGAGGAAUAAUUUCACUUUCACCUAUGAUGUUGAAUAUAUAAGCACUUCCAAUUUUUCUUUACUGAUAUUGUGAAUUAGGCGGUGCUUGGUGAGUUUAUAUGCUUGUAAGUUGUACCAUAAUGCACAUAUUGACAUUUUGUAUAUAUGUGUGUGUAUGUAUGUAUAUAUGUAUGUAGCUCUCAGUGUUAUUGAUUUUUUGUUUCCAUGGCAAACGUUAGUAAUUUGAUUCCUCCGAAUUCUUUUUCUUUUCCAUUUUUUUUUGGGAUUGAUGAUCAAUUACAGUUCCACAGUUAGCUAAGCCAUCUUAGCUUUAUACUUGAGGUUGUAAGAAUACAUUUGAUGAUACGAAUAUUAUAAUAAAAUAUGUUUUGUUUAAGAGAGGCUCUGAAUAUUCCUGGGUAGAUAGAGUAUAUUUUAUGGUUGUUUGUUCAUGGAGAGCGUGGCAUAUUGGUUAUUCAAUUGCGUACGUGAAGUUCUAACUUCAUCAACCAAUAAUUGUUGAUUAACACAACACAACAGAAUACUCUAUAUCAAUCAACGGUGGUCCAUGCAGUUGAUUUUCUGACAAAAUCCCGUCACAGUAUUUUCAAAUUUUUGCUAAUUUUCUUCCUGAUUGAAUAUCUGUUUCCCUCAUAAAGGUAAUAAAAAUAUAUGAUAUGAAUGCAAAAUAUUUUAUAUUAAAUUAAUUUA